CGCACAUCUUGUCUCUCUGCAGAACUCUUCAGGGACGGCCUGAAAGGAUCGGUGCUGGCCAGGGGAGUUCCAUUUCGACUAGGAUGGCUACGUGAGAGGAGAAAGGUUCCUGGACUGGAGGUGUUCGAACGAAGAGGAGCUUAGGAAGCGUUUGUUUUCCUGAUCUAAAACUGCCGAUUUCAGGCUUACCACGAAAGCAAGCUCCUCUGUAGAGCGAGAAUUAUUUAUUUAGUAUAUUUACAGCCAGUCUUUUUUUUUUCCUACAAGGAACGCAGGGAGUAUUAAUGUACCUCAUCUCAGUGAAGUCAUGCCUGCUGGCACUUCCAGACAGGAAUUGUGCCAUAGUGCAUGUUGUUGUUUUUGAUUUUUUAAUUAUAUUUAUACUGGGCCUUUUAAGGAACGCAAUGUGCUCUGAGAAGCCUAACUGGGAUUAUCAUGCAGAAAUAGAGGCUUUUGGCCACCGGAUAAAUGAGGAGUUUUCAUUGAACCUUCUGAAAACCGCAUUUGUAAAUUGUUGUUAUAUUAAACAUGAAGAAUCCAAACGCCAAGCACUGGGAAUAGAGAAGGAAGCAGUUGCUCUUAAUCUCCAGGACAAUAAGGAACUUUCUCUGCAAGGAGCAUCUUUUGUUUGCUCUUACCUCCAACAAUGCUUUGAAGAGGCAUUUCCAAAAAUGCCACCUGCAGGUAUUGAAGCACUUGUUAACUAUCUCACCAGUGAAGAAUUAGUGUCUUAUUUGGCCAGAAAUCUGUCUCUUCAAGAUAUGACCCUUUGUGCAGAUUUUCCUGUGCCGCCUAAUGUGCUUCGGCAGACUUUCUUUGCCGUAAUAGGCGCACUGCUUCAAAGUAGUGGCUCUCAGAGGACAGAGAUCUUUGUGAGGGACUUCUUCAUUCCUCAACUGAUAGGAAAAGAACUGUUUGAGAUGUGGAAUGUUAUCAACCCCAUGGGCUUGCUGUUGGAGGAACUGGCAAAGAGGAAUAUAUCUGCUCCAGAAUCAAGACUAACCAGACAGUCAGGAGCUACCACUGCACUGCCCUUGUACUUUGUUGGAUUGUAUUGUGAUAAGAAACUUCUGGCUGAAGGUACUGGUGAAACAAUAUUAGCUGCUGAAGAUGAGGCUGCCCGUGUGGCUCUGCGAAAACUUUAUGGGUUCACUGAGAAUAGGAAACCCUGGGUUUAUUCUUCUCCACAACAGAAGCAGAGAACACAAAGUGCCAUUAGCAGCACUUAGGCAGAAAAAGUUAUUUCUUCUACCUGCAGUGAGGCUUUAUUUUAAGUUUAAAGUGUAAUGAGUCAACAGUUAUGAAAACUGAGUUGUAAAAAUAUCAGUUUCCCUUCCUGUAAAUAAAUUUGGUGAUAGAAGA